AACAGCUGAAAAUUGUCACGAUUGGCUGUCAGGGUGACGUUUAACAAAAAUAAACAAUAAAUAUGAUUUACCGUAUUGAAAUGACCUUAGCUUUUAAUUAGUGCCGGUUAAUUAAAGUUGUCAAAGCCAUUGUAAAAAUGCCUAGUUCAUUGCUGUUUGGUAUUAACAAUGAAGGGAGGGUGCACACUUUGUCCACCACAGGCUCUAUGUGGAGGGAGGUGCCCUAUGCGGGUCAGGAAUUUAAAAAGUUAUCGGGAGUUCCGCAUUUUCUGUGGGCGUUAGGUGGAGACCAUCAAAUUUAUGUUUAUGUGCAUGGACUGGAUAUACCCAUAAGGGUUGUGGAGGAAUCUUAUGAGAAUGAAAGGUGGUUACCAAUUGAAGGAUUUUGCAGCAGACUUUUACCAACUGAUAGAUUCAGAUAUUCUAAUGCUGAUGGAACAGUAAAUAGAUCCAUUGAUAAAAUAACUUUACCAUCUAUGGCAUGGCAAUGGGAAGGCAAAUGGAAAAUUGAACUGACCCUAGAUGGACAACCUUUGGAUCAUGAUGGUUGGACUUAUGCAGUUGAUUUCCCUGCCCAAUAUUACCCAAAGAAACAAUGGAAAAGUUGUGUUAGGAGGAGAUUAUGGACUAGGUCCAGGAGAUACAGUGCAAUGAAUACAUGGUGUGCUAUUGCACCACUACAUCAAGAUGCUACAAGUGAACCAUUUAUUGAUGUUUCCAUAGGAGGUCAAAGGGUUGCAGGAGCUGCUCCUGGAACUAUGCUAGUUUGGGCUGUAACAUCUCAUAACAGGGUGAUGUUCCGUACGGGUGUGUCAGAAAAAUCACCUGAGGGUGCCAGAUGGAACCACAUUCAAACACCAAUUGGCUGCGAAGUAAAUCAAAUAAGUGUAGGCCCCAGUGGUUUGGUGUGGGCAGCCGUGUUGGACGGAAGAGCGCUGGUUAGAACGGGGGUUACCAGAGACAACUUGCAAGGCGAUAACUGGGUAGAAGUCCGAAGUCCCGGUGAAAAUCUUCGACUGUCCCAGAUAUCAGUCGGUACUUGUGCCGUGUGGGCAAUUACCCACGACAAACAAGUCUGGUUUCGAAAGGGAAUAAAAGGCGAAGGCGCCGGUGUUAGCGAAGAAAUGGCUGCCGGUUGUGGUUGGGUACAGAUGGUGGGCCGAAUGGCACAAAUCUCAACCGCCGCCAACGAUCAGGUCUUCGCUGUCGGAGCCGAUGACCGUCUAGUUUACCAUCGCACCGGAGUCUGUUCCGAGGACUUGACCGGAAAAAGAUGGAGGGCAUUACACGCCCCCUUACAAGUCAGCAGGGCUAGUAGCAACGCUAGUUUGAAUAGAGAUAAGUUCCACCGCAGCUUGAAUACCUUGCAAAGCAGGCCGAGCAGCAUGAUUGAACAGUCGAACAUAUCAGAGCUUGAAGAACAGUCGCAUUCGGCUCCGCUUGGGCCCACGUCUUUGCCAGUAGGUGACCUCGCCUCCAAAUUCGAAACACAACCUAGACAUCCAAAAACCUGGAGCCCAGUUCAGUCCGUCGGUUCGAUUGUUGGUACCGAAGCUCAUCCUGAGUGUGACGAGAGUGUUUGGAGUGAGUCUAGCAGAGAUUCGUGUAUCUUUACCGAGGACGAAGAAUUAGGUUGGGCGGAAUACGAAGCUCCCUGGUCCUGGGUGGAAGCUGGAGCGUGUACAGUCGACUCCUUACAGUUGCCAAACUGGUUCGCCGAUUCUGGUUCAGGAAACGGUCACUUAGAGUUGGAACAAUCUUGGCGGGUUAAAAUACUGGAAGAACUUAAGAACAGUGCGAUGAAAAUCAACGCAUACACACAUUACGAGCAAGCCAUUGACACCACCUCCUGGAAGCAUUGUGGUGAAGCAAGAGUUAGUUUAGGGAAUGGCCCAUUUAUUGACUGCAUUAUACAACUUGAAUGGGUCCAGACCACUGGGACUUUAACCGUAUUAAACGUAGAUGGAGGAGCUACUGCAAUAAUAUCUUUAACACUGGGGGAUGUAAAUUGUGUACAAUUAUGUAGCGAACCCGGCAGUCCCCGAUUGGCUGUAUACGUAGCUAGAAACAACCCUUCUUAUAUUAGGUUUCAAUUCGCCAGUGAUACUCAACUAGAAGAGUGGCAAGCGCAUUUCGCAACGACCUGUGGAAAAAUACAUCAAGUAGUGGGUAAACCUAGUGAAGAAAGCGUCUGGGCUAUUUCUCAGCUAGGCGACGUUUUUAUGUGGGAUCCGACAGAAAUUGAGUCGAAUCAGCUUCGAGAAGAUGAGUGUUAUAUGCAAAAAUGGGACUUAAGCGGCAAGGAAAGCCCCUACAAAGUUAAAUUACAUACUGGUUGUAUUCCAGGCACAAAAAUUACUCUCACAGGAUGUGUUGGAGAUGAUGCUGAUAGAUUAGCUUUUAAUUUGGACGCGGAAUCCACGUAUAAACAUCGUCAUAAGAACCACACUGAAUUGGAAAACACUGUUUUCCAUUUCAAUCCACGAUUUAAUCAUGGUUAUGUUGUUAGAAAUUCAUUAAUAGAGGGAAAAUGGGGCGCGGAAGAAAUUGAUGGUCCAAUGCCUUUCCAAAAAGGUCAAGAAUUUAAACUGUGCAUAGAAACCACAGAAGAUGCCUUCGUAGUAUACGUAGACGAUAAAAAGUUCACAUUAUUCCGCCAUCGUUUACCACCACAUUCUGCCUCAUAUUUUAGCUUUUGGGGUAAACUCCAACCUUUCAGACUAGUCAUAUAUUGCCCAGAAAUCAUACUUAAUCCAACCGACAUGUAUUGGAGACAAAUAGGUGGUCACUUGAGGAGAGUAGAAACGUGUAAGGUUGGUGUUACUUGGGGAGUGGGAUACGAUCACACUCCUUGGGUGUACACUGGCGGUUGGGGUGGAGGAUUUUUAGGUACGUUGGAUAGUCAAAACGUCCAUCCGAUGACUGAUACUCAGGAUUAUAAAGUAUAUGAAAACCAAAGAUGGAAUCCUGUAACUGGCUAUACAUCUGCAGGGUUACCAACUGACAGAUAUAUGUGGAGUGACUCAACAGGCAAACAGAAACGCACUCGGGAGCAAGUCAAACUGUUGUCCAUGCGAUGGCAGUGGCUUUCCGAUUGGAUGACUGAUUUUCACGUACCGGGAGGUGUGGACAGUGAUGGGUGGCAGUACGCAGUAGAUUUUCCCGCAAGUUAUCAUGCCAACAAACAAUUCACAGACUAUGUAAGGCGACGUAGGUGGUACAGGAGAUGUGCGGUUGCUACUACAGGUCCUUGGCAAGAGUUGGGACAUACAAAACUUUUGGACUUAUGUCUGGAACCUGUGGAAGACUUUGCUGAUACCAAAAUAGCUUUAUGGGCUCUAGCGUCCGGCGGACAGGCUGUGGUGCGGGUGGGUGUGAGCAAAAGCAAUCCGAUGGGACAUGUUUGGGAACACGUGACUUCAGAUCAAGCACUUUGCAGCAUUAGUUGUGGACCCUACAAGCAAGUAUGGGCCGUUGGUAGAAAGGGUUGUGCCUUCUAUCGUUUAGGUAUAACCGAUGAUAAACUUGAAGGAGAGGCAUGGAAGUGCAUUGAGCCUCCUAGCGGUGCUCAACUUAAACAAAUUUCAGUUAACAGUAUUGGCGUGUGGGCGGUCGAUCAUCAUGGCAGGUUGUACGUUAGGAAAGAGAUCAAUCAGACAUUCCCUGAAGGUUCCCAUUGGCAAUUAAUCAGUAUUGAUCCACCCGUAUUGAGCGCGGCCCCCAAUUCUACUGGAUUUAAGCAUGUUAGUGUAGGCAAAAAAGAAGUUUGGGCAGUCACGAAUGGUGGAGCCAUGGUUAGACGCCUUGGAAUUUGUGCUACAAAUCCUGCUGGUUCUGGUUGGGACAUAGGUAUAUCAGGAAAUUGGCAGCAAGUGAGUGUCAAGGCCUUUAAUUAAUUAAUUAAUUAAUACGUGUUAACUUACUUCUCUGCUAUUAAGUAUCUGAUGUGAUUGUUUUAUUGUUUUUAUUAAGUUUUUAUAUUUUGCAAUUCAUUCCAUUUAUUUAAGCUGUUAUUGUUGAUUUUGAGAUAAUUUUUAAGAAGCCGAUGUAAUUCUAACAAUAAAAAUAACAAAUAAUUGUAUUUUUAUGUACCUAAACCUAAAGUAAAAAUAAAAUUUCAUUUAACUGUAACUUUA